CCUGCAGCCCCAUCCCCCGGUGGGCUCUGUCCCAUCUCCGCAGGACAUGGGCUGUGGCCCGGUGCCCCAACACCGCUAGUCCUGAGUGCCUCAGCCCCGCCAUGCUGACGAUAAAGCUACCACAGAUCUUCAGGGUCCAUCAGGUGCCUCAGAUCUUCUGGGAAGAUGGGAUCAUGUCAGGGUACCGGCACCCCAAGAGCUCAGCCCUUGACUGCGUCCUCAGCUCCUUCCAGCUGACUAACGAGACAGUCAACAUCUGGACACACUUCCUACCAACCUGGUAUUUUGUGUGGCGCUUCCUGGCGCUCUCAUCCUCGCUGGACUUCUGCCAGGAGCCCUACCACUGGCCCCUGCUCAUCUACCUGCUGCUCGUCUGCCUCUACCCCUUCGCCUCCAGCUGCGCCCACACCUUCAGCUCCAUGUCGGUGCGCGCCCGCCAUAUCUGCUACUUCUGCGACUACGGCGUGCUCAGCCUCUACAGCCUGGGCUGUGCGUUUGCCUAUGGCGCCUACGCAAUGCCAGACCACUGGGUCAGCAGCGUUUUGCACCGUUACUUUGUCCCCGCAGCUGCUUUUAACUCCUUUGUCUGCACCGGCCUCUCCUGCUACUCCCGCUUCCCUGAGCUGGAGCGUCCCCGGCUGAGCAAGGUGCUGCGGUUGGCAGCGUUCACGUACCCCUUCCUCUACGACAACAUCCCGCUCUUCUACCGGCUCCUCCUCUGCUUCUGGAGUAACGGUGCCUGGAGUGAGGCCGUGGCCGGGUACUGCUACCACCUCCUCUUCGCGCUGCUCACCGGCUUCCUCUUCGUGUCCCACCUGCCUGAGCGCCUGGCACCUGGCCGCUUUGACUACAUUGGACACAGCCACCAGCUCUUCCACAUCUGCGCGGUGCUGGGCACCCACUUCCAGCUGGAGGCCAUCCUCUGUGACGUGGGCUCACGCCGGGCUUGGCUGCGGGGCCGCCUGCCCACCCCCGGGCUCCCUGGCACCUUUGGCACUGCUGGACUGGCCCUUCUGGGCAACGCCGCCAUCAUCGGCGCCUUCACUGCUGCCUUGCCCCGGGCACCUGGCAGCUCUGUCGGCCCCCCCAAGUGUCCCCACCCAGGCUGGGCACUGGAGGGACCUGUGACGCUGCAGGGUUGCAGGGUCUGUGGGACCCCAGGUGUCCCAGCACCCCCAGCGCUCCCCUCUCCAAGUGUGGGGAGACAACGAUGA